AUGAGGACAUCACCAGAUAACUGUGAAGAAAGAGAGAGAGAGAGAGCAUGAUAGAUGAAGUAGGGAGGUGCUGGAAGAGCGAACGAGAGAUAAGAGAGAGAGGGAGCGAGAGAGAGAGAGCGGUGCCUGAGGAACACUCAGACAGAACAAAUGAGCAGCCGCGGCUCGACUCCCGCCAGAGACGCUGAUAUCGGCACGCUGGAGAGAGCUGCUUCACCAGGAGUCAGAUUACAACCAGAGAGGAUCAGCGUGCUCUGAGACACACGGCUGAGGACGGAGGUGCGAGAGCAAGACCGAGAGUUUCUCUGAAGUGGGAUCUCAGUUCAAACACAGACAGAGAGAGGCAGACAGAAAACUAGCGAGGUGUUGUUGCAGUCCUCGUGGUCGCGAUUCCCCACAUACACAGAUGAGAUCAUGGAUUCACUCUUGACGGCAGCGGUGCGCGGGGACGCCUCGGGUCUGGACGCGUGAUGACCAUGGAGAGCAUGUUUAUCGGUAACGCGUGUCAGAGCGGACUGGUGCCAGCGCUGGUUCGAGCUCCUCUGCCCACUGUGCCACCCUCUUUGGGCAUGAAGCACUUCCUUCCCUUCCCUCUGGACAGCGGCUCCACGCUCAGCCUCAUUCCCAGCUUUGGCAGCAUGGACCCGGUUCAGAAAGCUGUUUUGCAUCACACGUUCGGCGCUUCGGCCUCCUCUAAAAGGAAAGCUGUCUCGUGCGGCGUGUGCCAGCUGAGGUUUAACUCGCAGAGCCAGGCAUUGGCCCACUACAAAGGCACCAAACACGCCAAGAAGCUGAAAUCCUUGGAUGCCCCGAAAUGCCUCAAACACAAGAGUUCCCUGGUCACCAGGGAAAAUACCAACAAGGAGCCGCCUAAGGGCCUCUCUCCCUCCACAGUGGCCAGCAACACUGACAGAAAAGGUGGGAGUCCUGGAGCGCCCGUGGCCCCUUCAUCACCCUCUUCUGCCCCAGUGUCCGGCCCUAACGUGGAGCCCACAGAGCCAGAGUCUACCUCAGCGUCAGGAGGGGAGGACGGCCGCUCCAUCACGCCCAACCCGCCUGAACAGGAGGAGAACGACCUCGCAGUCAGUCCAGAAACGGAGAUGGAGACGGAGGAUGAGAAAGCACUGCGUCUGCUCUACUGCUCCCUCUGUAAGGUGGCCGUCAACUCGGCGUCGCAGCUAGACGCGCAUAACAGCGGCACCAAACACAAAACCAUGCUGGAGGCUCGGAGUGGGAACGGCUCCAUCAAAUCCUUCCCCAGGCCCGGGCUGAAGAGCAAGCUGGCUACACCCACUAAAGCAGACACGGGCCUGCAGAACAAGACAUUCCACUGUGAAACCUGCGACGUGCACGUCAAUUCAGAGACGCAGCUCAAGCAGCAUAUCAGCAGCAGACGACAUAAAGACAGAGCUGCAGGGAAACCAGCCAAACCCAAGUACAGUCCUUACACCAAAACCCAAAGAGGAGCCACCAAACAGACACAGGUGAAGAUGCCAGUCGGUAAAGACCUUUGCCCACCGCUGACGACCAGGAUAAUGCCGUCCCACUUGGCAGCUGUUGCCGCCGCGGCAGCCGCCGUUGGCUCCGCCUUCCCGCUGCGUGCCUGCCAUAACCCCACCCUCUUUCAGACUCAGUCCCUCCCCGCCGCGCUGCUCCGCCCUGCACCGGGGCCAAUCAGGACUGCUCACACGCCUGUACUGUUUGCCCCUUACUGACCUUUGAACUAUGACUUCCGACGGAUCGGAUCAUUAACCCUCCAUCACCUCAUACUGGGCACGCAGCCCGGAUCGAAUGCGCGAUAUCGCAAUAAUUUAAAAACAAAACACGAACCAGGUAACUAUGCAUCGUCAUUUACAUGUGACACACUGACGUUAAGCUAUAAAUGUAUUGGUGGAGAUUUGAUUUUUGUUUUUUUCUGUACGGAAACCAUCAUUCAUCAUUAUCGUCACUUAGAGUAAAAGAUUGAUUUGUAAAUUUAAGGUGGGUUUGGGAACACAGAGAUUUUAUUAAUAGGGGAAAAUGAAAAGUUGUAUUUCUCUGCUGUUUUGCACUUUAAGUCUUUCUGUUGUUGAUUUCAGUGCUUUAAAUGAAUAGGUCCCUUGCUGUUUCCAGCUGUUGGUGUAACCAGGUCAGCAGUGCUUCAUUUGUCAAUGGACCCGUUUCACAUUUCCGUAGUUCUCAGAAGCUGAAGUCAUUAUAAACUUCUUUAGUGGUGAACAGAAACAAAUAUCAUUUUUGUGUUCCUGUUUGCUCUGAUAGAAAAAGAAAAAAAUCCAUUAUAGCAUUUCUGCACUUCACAAAAGAGGAAGAAAUAUCCAUUCGUAUGUCAUAUGAACAUAAUCAUAUAUCAAAAAUACAUAUAUCAAAUAUCUACGUAAUAAAAAGGUGAAAAGAAAUCAAAAUUUGCCAUCACUCCUUCAAAAAAAUUACUUUUAAAGUAUUUUAACUCAGAAAUUGCUCAUUUAUUUUCCAGAAUUAAGAAUUUGAUGAUUAUUAAUCAUAAAGUAAUUUGAGAAAAAUAAUAGUAGUAGUUGUCAGUUCUUAAUAAAUAAAUUAAUAAUUUAAAAAAUUGCCAAAAGUUUUCUCAAAAAAAUUACUUUGAAACUAUUUUCUCUCUGAAAUUGCUCAUUUUGUUCCAAAAUUAAGAAUUUAUUAUUAAUCACACAGUAAUUUGACAAAAAAUAAAAGUAAUAGUUGUCUAUUCUUAAUAAAUAAAUUAAUAAUUUAAAAAUUUGCCACAAUUUUUCUCAAAAAAAUUACUUUGAAACUAUUUUCUCUCUGAAAUUGCUCAUUUUUUUCCCCAAAAUUAAGAAUUUAUUGAUUAUUAAUCAAACAGUUAUUUGACAAAAAUAAUAGUAUUUGUUGUCUAUUCUUAAUAAAUAAAGUAAUUACUUACAAAUUUGGUGCUGCUUCCUCAAACAAAUUAUUUUGAAACAAUUUUCACUCAGAAAUUGCUAGUAAUUUUCACAAAUAAUUAAAGAAAUGCCAAUUAACACAUUGAAUUAAAUUUGAAAUUUUCAAGUAGAAAGAAAACACAAAUAGUGUUAUAAAUGUAUAUUAAAAUAUAUAUAUAAAUAUUGCUAGAUUUACAGUGUUAAUAACUGUGGAAAUGCAUCUGUGAAAAGGGUCCAUUAAGACCUCACGGAAUAAGUUAUUGGUGACGGAUCUGGCAGGUUUCAGACAUCAAAGCUGCAUUUUGUGCCAUUAUAAUUUCAGACGAUUCGUCCAAUCACGCUCGAGCAGAAAAACUGUCAUGUUAAUUCUGAUUGGCUGCUGAAGUGAAAGACAGACAAAGAAAAGUUCAUUUCGCACUUUUAAGACUCUCCAAAAAUAUGGUCACUGAUUGCAGUGCACAAUUCCAGAUCCAGAUCCAGGUUUUUCCAAUACAAAUUAAGCCCUGUUGUACCUGUUUGUGAAUGUGUGUGUGUGCACAGCAGAACUUGGGGGAAGAUAAGUGGGUGAUUUCCAAAGUAAAAUGCUGCUGAUUCAUGUCAAAGCAAGGUUAAAAACUAUAGUGGGAUGUUUGCUAAACAGAUGAAUAUGUAAAUGUGCAGAAGUGUGUUUGUGUGUGUAUGUGGGGGUGAGUUAACAGACUUUUCACCUGAAACCGUCCCCGGAAACAUCUCUCAUGAAUAUUACAUGAGCUACUGGGGCCACAAAGCUUGUCUGUCUCUUCUUGCAAUGUGAAAACCGAUAAACAUUUUCAAAUAAAGAAUCCUGCUUUGUUAA